AUGUACGGUCUGUCCCUGAAGAAUCUUCCUCAACUUGUGUUUCCAAAGGUGGUAAGUGAAAAUUUUGAAUCAGUUCAUAAGAGUUCAUACCUGGUGACUAUUGGUAAAAGGCUAGAGGAGGGCAUUAAAAAUGAUGGAAAACGAGAUACAGGGGAGGAGAUUGGAAACGGCUUCUGGAAGGGAAAAUUGAAUCUAUUUCGAAAAUUUAUUUCCUUCUUCAUCAAUCGUCCAUCAACAGCAUCGUUUAACCUCCAAACCGUAACACAAUACUCCCUUCGUCCAUUCCGCUCACCAUCGAUCCCUUCUCCUUACCGUCAAACAAAACACCACCGCACCUACAUCAGCUUCCGUCGUUCCCGAUUCAACAUACAUCCUCCGUCCACUGCUUCCAGAUUCUACAACAAUUUACUUCAGCUCACUACCUCUGUUCGUCAGAUUCACGCGAGAUUCACUUACAAUAACCUUUGCUCUCUGAUCCGCGACGCAUCAGCAUCGGAUACACUCACUCACUUCCGCGGUUUCGAUUCUCCGUAA